AUGUCUCAAGCAGGAGGAGCUGCGUCUCUCGUAACCCAAGCGGUGCCCAUGCAAGCACCACAAAUGCCGGAACCCGGCUAUCCCUCGAAGCUAACGCUCGAGCUCCGGGGGCAACGAUUCGAAAUAGAUCGUGAAAUGUUGAUGAGUCUUCCCGAGAGCAUCUUGAUUGUAAUGUUUCCGAAUGGUUUGAUACUAGGUAGAGGUGGUGCAGGUCUUGACCCGUAUGAGGAGGACGAAGAGCCCGGGGACGACACGUCAGACGAUUCGAUCCUGUUGGAGGACCAAACGAUAUAUGUGGACUUUGACCCACAGUGUUUGGAAUAUAUCUUGAAUUUUUAUCGGAAAGCUCAGGAUGCUUUUUAUUCAAACCAAGGGAGUUCCAUGUCCACGUUUCCAUCUAAUCCGACGCAGAAUCCAUUGUUAAAUAAACAGGCGAUUAUUGUAUUGCGUGAAGAAUUAGACUAUUUCACUAUUCCACCCAAGAAAACUGAUGUAGCAGAUGGAUCAUCAACUACCGUCACUGCUGCUUCCAAAACAGUAACAGAAUCAUUAGCUUUUAAUAAAUUGAAAAUAGAUUGUGGCGAGUACCUACUAAAUCAACGAAAGAUAUUCACCGCGCUCCAACGAAACGUCAAUAAAGAGAACAAUGUUGCGGAGCAACAUUUGAUCGAUAUGCUUUGCGUGUCUGGAUUUUCGCGAGAUGAUGAAUGGGGCUAUCGAAACACUGAGCCGCAAAAAACCAGUAUUGUGAGUAUCGCUUUGGUGAUGCUGAAGACUACCGGACAGAGUAAUCAGAUGGCUACGGCGCAAAAGCUGCUGUUGUUUUGGAGGAAGCCGGCGAGGAAAUGUUGGUGGGAUGGAUUAGAAGUCAAUCUUGGUGAUAGGAAUAUACCAGUCAGUCUUUGGUGUAGACGCACUUGGACUUUGGAAUUGGCUUUAGUUUAA